AUGUCCUCCCUGAUUCCCCCUAAUGUCCCCUCUUUCCCCUACUGUCCUCCCAAUGUGGGGGCGUCUCUCUUCGCCAGUAACAUCGGCUCGGGUCACUUCGUGGGGCUGGCGGGGACCGGGGCGGCCUCGGGGAUCGCCGUGGGGGGCUUCGAGUGGAGCGGGAUGUUCAUCGUCCUCCUGCUGGGCUGGGUCUUCGUCCCCAUUUACCUGAAGGCCGGGGUGUCGACCAUGCCCGAGUACCUGGGCAAGAGGUUCGGGGGGGGGCGGAUCCAGCUCUACCUGGCCCUGCUCUCGCUGGGCCUCUACGUGUCCACCAAGAUCUCGGUGGACAUGUACUCUGGGGCGCUGUUCAUCCGCGAGGCGCUGGGCUGGGACUCCUACGCCCACUGGGGGGGCCUCUGCUCAGCCACCGCUGUCUACACCGUCACUGGGGGCCUGGCGGCGCUGAUGUUCGCAGACCUCCUGCAGACCCUCAUCAUCGUCCUGGGGGCCUCCGUGCUGGCCGGAUACGCGCUGACGGCCGUGGGGGGCUACGAGGGGCUGCUGAGCGCUACCCCUGGCCCUGCUCCCCCAACGCGACGGCCCUGCGGGAGGCCCCGCGACGCUCUCCACCUCCUCCGCCACCCCAGCACGGGGACUCUACCCUGGCCCGGCCUCAUACUGGGACUGGGCAUCAUCUCCGCCUGGUACUGGUGCACCGACCAGGUGAUCGUGCAGCGCUGCCUCGCCGGCCGCUCCCUCACCCACGUCCGGGCCGGCUGCGUCGUCUGCGGGUACCUCAAAGUGCUGCCCAUGUUCCUCAUGGUCCUGCCCGGAAUGGCCGCCCGCGUCCUCUUCCCGGAUGUCGUGGGCUGUGCUGACCCCCAGAACUGCGCCCGGGCCUGCGGCUCCCCCGUUGGCUGCUCCAACGUGGCCUACCCGAGGCUGGUGCUCACCCUGCUGCCCGCUGGGCUGCGGGGGUUGAUGCUGGCGGUGGUUCUGGCGGCGCUGAUGUCGUCGCUGGCCUCGAUCUUCGCCAGCUCCGCCGCCCUCUUCACCUUCGACGUCUACCAGAGGCUCCGCCCCCGGGCAGGGCCGCGCCACCUGCUCGUCGUCGGCAGGCUGUGGGUGGUGGCGAUGGUGGGGCUGAGCCUGGCGUGGCUGCCGGUGGUGGAGGCGGCGCGGGGGGAGGGGCAGCUCUUCGAUUACAUCCAGGCCAUGGCGAGUUACCUGGCCCCGCCCGUCGCCGCCGUCUUCGUCCUCGCCGUCUUCGUCCCCCGCGUCAACGAGCCCGGCGCUUUUUGGGGCCUGCUGGGGGGGUUGGCGCUGGGCCUGGCUCGGCUGAUCCCGGAGGGGGGCGGAGGUCCUGCGGGACCCCGGGCGCUGCCCCCGCGCCUCUGCGGCCUCCACUACCUGCACUCCGCUGCCCUCCUCUUCCUCGCCACCGCCGCCAUCGCCGCGGGUCUCGCUCUACCCCCCAUCCCCAAGAAACACCUCCACCGCUUGGUGUUCAGCCUGAGGAACAGCCGCGAGCCCCGCGUGGACCUGGACGGGCCCAAGGACCCCCCGUGCCCCUCCAGGGGGCGGGGCCUCCCGGGCGUGACCCCGCCCCCCGAGGACCCCCUGUGGGGCCGCGUGGUUGACGUCAACGCCCUCGUCCUGAUGGGCGUGGCCUUCUUCCUGUGGGGAUAUUUCGCCUGA